AUGGUCUCUAUGGUCGAGACCUCUCAUCCAGAGCAUAAUGACACGGUCAUGGAUCCUGUCGUGCCCAAGUCCGAACCGUUACCAGACGGUUCGAUCAGUUCAAACGUGUCAACUCCCGAGGCUGAAGCCGAGCCUCUAACUCAGGACACCGCGCAGACUCAGAAGAGAAAGGGAGGCAGAAAACCUAUCUAUGCCACUUCGGAAGAGCGUAAGCAGCGCAACAGACAAGCGCAGGCGGCCUUCCGCGAGCGACGGACUGAGUAUAUCCGUCAGCUCGAGACCACCAUCAAACGCAAUGAGGAUUCUUUGCAAAGUCUGCAGCAGAGUCACCGCAGUGCCGCAGAUGAAUGUUUGAUGCUGCGAUACAAAAAUUCUUUGCUGGAGCGGAUUCUGCUCGAGAAAGGCAUUGACGUACAAGCGGAGCUACGAUUGAAGACGGGGGCGCCGGGCGCCUCUGCAAAGGCGAACCCGAUGCCUCCCAAGUCGGCAUCAGGACCGCCUGGUCUUCGACCGGGACAAAGGCAUGCCGCCGGUAUCGCCUCCAAGCCGGAUGCCUUCGGCAUGUCGCAGCGGGAGGGUGCAUAUGGUGUGGCGUCUCCGCAGUUUCAGGCUACGCCUACCUCGCACGUGUCUUCACCGUCCCACGCCAAAUCGCCUGGGUUCGGCUUUCAGGGGGGCAUGUCACCCGUUGGAGUGGACUCGCAGAGCGGACGUCCCCAGCUGUUGCCACAGCCGCGGACCUUCAAUAAUCAAACCUCGCCGCCAGGCAUGAGCAUGCCGCAAACCGAUCCCACUGAUCCCAAGCCCCGGGGGCCACGGGGACGCAAUGUUGCCGCCUAUUACCCUUCUCCUUUCCAAAAGCAUUACGACCAACUUGGUACGUACCCGCAUCUUUUCCCAUUGGUCGAUGUGCAGCCGCUGACUCCUGCAGAACAAGAAUAUGAUGCGCAGGCUGAUCUUGUGGACGAAGACCACGAGAGCUCAGUAAAUACGCCAUACGGUGUUACGGGAUUUACGCCACAGUCGGUAGCGUCCGGAUCUCAUAUGACGGGGUUCAAUGCUCCUCCCGGUGGGGACGCGAACCCCGGAGAUUUCGGGAAUCCAAACCAUCUCAUGGGCCAGUACGAGCCAAUGUUGGAUGCGGACCCAUUCGGACUCAGUGCUAGCAUGCAUUUUCCGACACCGUUUAAUUACGAGCAGAACAAUUCUCGGACAUGA